AUGAAGAUUAUGAUGAUUGAAGAUUCGGCUCGAAAAAAUGCAGAGCAAAACGAAGGUGAAACUGCUGAAAAUGCUGCUGAAAUUGUGAGUUUUAUUGAUUUUUUGAGCCUAAAAAAGCCUAGAUUUCCAGGCUGAAAUCUGGAUUUUUAGAGUCUAAAUAAGCCUAGGUUCAAUCCUGAAUUUCUGAAUUUUUUUGAGCCUAUGAAAGCCCAGAUUUUUGGGGUGAUAGGUCUAGCAUUUCAGCUUGAAAAUCUGAUAUUUUUGAGCCUAAAUAAGCCCAGAUUUUAAAUCUAAAAACCCCGAUUUUCAGAGUUACCGUACCUAAAAAUUUAUCGAUUUUUCCAGGACCCAAAAAUCAACAGAAUCCGAAAAUUAAGAAAAAAAUUCCUCAUCUUCUUCAUGCUUCUUCACAUCGUCUUCUCAGCUACAGUAAUCUACAAAGAUGGCGCCAGCGAUUAUAACAUUUAUUGUUUGAUCUUCCAAAUUGUCAGCUUUCUCGCAGUGAUUUUCGAUUUUUGGGGGAUAAUGAUGCUUUUUUGCGUCAAACAAGCUGUUUGUAUUUUCUUGGAACUUCAUUUAAUCUUCAAAACACAUCUUCCAAUCGAUCCCAAACAUAUUAUAUGCACAAAUUUUUGGCUGAGAUGUCUUAUUCAAGUGUUGUUCGCAGUGUACUUUGACACGUUGCUCAAACAAACGAUUUAUGUAUAUCACAUGUGGUAUAAGAAUAAUAUUUGGAGAAAAAAAUCUGGAGAGGAUUUGAGUGUUGUUUGA